AUGGCAUACAAGAGAAAUCUGAGGGUUCUGACAUUUACCUCCGUUUUGUUAGUACUGAUUUACUUCAUUGUUCAAAAUGCUCACACGACCAGUUCUGCUAGCGUAGGCAACAGCGGGAGCAUCAGUGCCACUGUCAAGAGCAAUACUACUCCGAACCCAGCAAAGCAGAAAGCGGAGGCAAAGCCCAAAGGGAGCGCAAAGGUAGAUUCGGAAGUGGAUGAGGAGAUCGAAAACAUCAAACACGAGGUCGGCAUCAAAGAAGACAUAAGCGGGAAGCUGCCCAAGACUGAUCUCGCAACGCAUGAGGAUCCCGCGUUCGACGCGGUCAAGGCCUACCAGAUGAUUCUUGUUUCAUCGCCGAUGAUCGUCUUUUCCAAGUCUUACUGCCCAUAUAGUAAGCGUCUCAAAGAGUUGCUCCACCAAGAGUUCUUGUUUACACCUGAAUACGUUGUCGUCGAACUCGAUCUGCAUAAGCAUGGCGCUGAAUUACAAGAAUAUGUUGGCACCAAAACGGGCCGUACCACUGUGCCCAAUGUGGUUAUCAACGGAGUUUCGAGAGGCGGGUGUGACGAUCUCAAAGCCCUUCAGGCAGACGGGAAGCUUCUGAGUUCGCUCAAAGAAUGGGCUGGGAAGACUCUGACGGUCACUAAGAAUGACAAGCCGUCCAACAAUUGA